AGAAGACGUAUUGCUGGGUUCGGUGCCAAUCAUAGACGACUCGCAGACUAUGAACAUCACAAGGACUUCAAUGGAUCCUGUUGAGUUGUAUACAUACCCAAUGGCGUUACUUUCAGCUGUUCCGGCCAUGCCGUCCGAAGAUGAAUUGGCUCGGCUACAGGAGGGAUUCUUUACUUGCUUCAAACAACACAUCUUCAUAGAUAAAGUUGAUAUUGUGGGCACGUUAAGUACUAUCCCCCCAUAUCUGCAACUAGCGCUCGCCUGUAUUUCGUCGGUCACCUCCCCCCUUGCGACUGUGAAUGAGCAUCCAGAUGGCAAUGGCACGUUCCCUGCCGAUGUCUCCGCAAGUUCAUUUGUUGCUGGUGUGCACCUAUGGUCCGUCAUGCUAGAAGUCGACAACCGCGAAGCUCGUCUUCUGGAGGCGGUGCUGGCGGCUGCCCUCUUAAUUACUUACGGUAUCCUAUCGACGGACAGAAGGGACUGUAGACUAGCCACCGGGCUACUAGCUAAUGUCGCGACUAUUUCAAGACGUCUACAUCUGACCGAUUACUAUCCGCCGCUUUUAGCAUCCAGUGAUUUAUCAGAGAGAGAAUUCAGGACUAAAAGUUCAUUAAUCAAUUACAUGCUAUUAACUGAUGUCAUGCACGCAAUACAUUGCGGCACGGUUCUCAAUUAUUCUGUCAGCGAGCUAUUAAUCAGGAUGCCGUCGACCAACAGGUCAUUCCGCACUAUUUACAACUUACUCGCUCAUGGCAAAGCCUUGCCACAAGAUGUGAAGAGCCCAGAAGAUAGCCUUCUGCUACUUACAGCCCUGCUAAGCGAUAUUAUUUACAUGCAGCGAUGUCAUAUGUCGACGCUCCCUCUUUCCAUUCCCAAUGAUAAUGUUUUGCGCAAUCCUUAUGCCCCUCUAUCCGUCAACUCCGAGUGCUGGCGCCUAAAGGUUGAUAUGAUGACUGCCCUUUCUCAGUGGGAGAACCAUUUUCGGGAUAAAGUCGAGAACGACAUUCUUGCGCUUCACUGCUUUGCCAAACUUCAUCUAGCUUGCCCUGCGCUUUGGGAGCUGCCUCGUAUGGCAGGAUAUGGAGGAUCUGCUAGCCUCAGCCCGAACGCAGUCGAUUCAAAACAAAUCGACAUUCCGGACAAAGCAAUGGACCUUGCCUGGCUUGUGCUAGAUCACUGUGAUAGAGGCUCGAAGCCUACGAAACCCAAUCUGUCUAUCUGGUUACCCAUCAUUUUAUUCAUUUCCUCACUUGUUGUAUGGCAACGUCUACGUUCUCAGAGCGCUACCGACUUGAAAUACGGCACCUUAAAAGUGCUAAGUAUGUUCAGGAAUGAAAUAGCUCGACAGCCUUGGCCAUGUUGUUUAGACAUGACGAGCACAUUAGAUAGACUGAUGCAGAACUAGAGGAUUAUUCGACAUUAAUACCGGCUGAAGGCCAAGUGAAACAAUCUUUCUCCCACUAAACUCCGGGUCCAGCUAAAUUGUUGGAAGACACAAAACAAAAUGAAAAUUUUUUUAGAAAGAAAUUACAGGUGAGCGACACCGGCACGUUUGGCUUCGCGGAGGGAGAGGGAACCUCAACCGCCCCUAUAAGUCCCCCGAAUCGCCCUACCCAGAUAAGCGGCUUGGGGCAGGCAAAUUGUUUGAGCGCUGUUAUGUCUAGGCACAAAAUGGGGCAGGUGGCGUGGGGAGUUUGGGGUUUAGUCCCCUAACAGCCCCCUUGUGCCCACUAAGUCGAGACUGUCAUAACCGAGAGACCAGUCUGGGUACGGUCGUUAAACUUGAAUAUAAUAAUA